AUGGCGUUACCAAGGACACUCGUGGUUUGGGUCUUGUUCGUGGCAUUUUGCGCACAUGUUGCUUUUGCUCAGGACCCCACAGAUGUUGAUGUUAGAGAUCUAGAUGGUGGUGUAGACGAUAGACGAAUACAACAAACUAAUCCUAAUUGGAAUCAAAAACCUAAAAACCCUUGUGAUGAUCUUCUCCGCCAUAUUAAAUUUCUAACUUAUAAAUUGGAGAAACUUACCAACCAAGUUCAUAAAAUACCAUUUGAUAUAUUCGAGUCGAAAAGGUAUUUUGGACCUCCGAGAGGUGGUGGUAGAGGAGGUGGUAGAGGAGGUGGUAGAGGAGGUGAUGGUGGUAAAGGAGGUGAUGGUGGUAAAGGAGGUGGUAAAGGAGGUGAUGGCGGUAAAGGAGGUGGUGGUCCGCCACAGAAAGGAAGAUAG